AUGACUGUCCCUAUCAUGGUCGCUGAUGUUGGCGCCGCGCCGCCCGUCAGCCAGGCCGAUGUGUCCUCCAUCCUCGACACUGUCUUCACCGCAAAGACGUCGCAAGCCUCCAUCGACGCCGCCUACGGUCUCUGCGAAGUCCUCCUCCAGUCCUACGGCUACCGUGGCCUCGAAUUCUACGGUGUCGUCACCGAACUCAAGAAGGCCGCCGCCGACAAGAAGAGCGGUCUCAAGCGCGAAGGCGCCCAGAACCUCCUCGGUGCCAUCUUCGAGAGGUUCCCUCCUCGCCAGCCCGCCAGCGAGACCCUCCUCACAUCCACCGAAGCCGGCCUAGUCGCUUGCGCUCUCGACGCCCUUGCCGAUAAGGGUGCCGUCGUCCGCGAGGCUGCCCAGUACGGUCUCGAUGCCCUCUACAACAACCUGAGCCCCGAGGCUCUCGUCGUUGGCCUUCUGCCCACCCUCAUUGCCUACCUCGAAAAACCCACCGGCAAGUGGCAGGGAACCAUUGGCGCCUACCAGCUGGUCGAGAAGAUCUCCAUCAAGGCCCAAAUCACAAUCGGUACCACCAAGGAGCAGGCUGCCGAGCAGGAUGUUCUCCGCGAGUCCAUGGGCACCAAGCUCGCCCGCCUGAUCCCCAUUGUUGAGGGCGGCAUGCUCGACAUGAAGACCGAGGUCGCCAAGCAGGCUGUCAAGACUAUGAACGCUCUUACCACCCUGCUCUCCAACGACGAUGUCGCUCCUCGCAUUCCCCUCCUUAUCGAGACCAUGCAGCACCCCUCGGCUGCCGCCGUCCAGAAGGCCAUCCACGCCCUUUCCAUGACCACCUUCGUGGCCAUCGUCACCGCCCCUGUCUUGGCCCUCCUUACCCCCUUCUUGGAGCGCUCUCUCAGCAACCCCGGCACUCCCCAGGAGGUUCUCCGCCAGACUGUUGUUAUUACCGAGAACUUGACCAAGCUCGUCCACGACCCCAUCGAGGCUCGUACUUUCCUUCCCAAGCUCCAGCCCGGCAUCAAGAGCGUUGUCGACCGCGCUUCUCUCCCCGAGGUCCGUGAGAUCGCCACUCGCGCUCUCGCUGUCAUGGACAAGGCCAUGGGUACCGACCAGGACAAGGUUAUCGAGCGCACACAGGCUGAGGACGUUGGCAAGGCUGUUCGCCAGUACGUUGGCGAGAUGGUUGCCGAGGAUGUCAACCACCGCCACUGCAACCGCAUUGCUGCCAGAACCGGCCCUUAUCUCAAAUUCCUCGUCGCUGACCCUGUCGCUGUCGGUGAGGCCGUUCAGAAGCACUUCGUCGACGAGGAUGCCAUCAAGUAUGGUGUUCCCGAGAAGGAGGACGACGGCGAGAUUGAGAUUGUCAACGCCGACUUCUCCCUUGCCUACGGUGGUAUGCUUCUGCUCCAGCACACCAACCUCCGCCUGCUCAAGGGUCACCGUUACGGUCUCUGCGGUCGCAACGGUGCCGGCAAGUCUACCCUUAUGAAGGCCAUUGCUUCCGGCAAGCUCGAGGGUUUCCCUUCCCAGGAUGUACUCCGUACCUGCUACGUUGAGCACAACCAGGGCGAGGAUGCCGAUAUCACUAUUCUUGACUUCAUGGCCAAGGAUCCUACAAUUGCCUCGGAGGGUCGCGAACGCAUUUCUGAAGUUCUUGCCGAGUUCGGUUUCACAGCUGGCCCCGAGGGUCGUCAGUCGCAAAAGGUCGGCUCGCUCUCUGGUGGUUGGAAGAUGAAGCUCGCCUUGGCUCGCGCCAUGCUUCAGAAGGCCGAUGUCCUGUUGCUCGACGAACCUACUAACCAUCUUGAUGUUGCCAACAUCAAGUGGCUCGAGGAGUACCUCAAGUCGCACACCGACAUCACCUCCCUGAUUGUUUCUCACGACUCCGGUUUCCUCGACAACGUCACCACCGAUAUCUACCACUACGAGCCCAACAAGAAGCUUGGCCAUUACAAGGGCAACCUCGCUGCCUUCGUCAACGUCCGCCCCGAGGCCAAGGCCUACUAUACCCUCUCUGCCUCCAACGUUCAGUUCAAGUUCCCUCCUCCGGGUAUCUUGUCCGGCGUCAAGUCGGCGACUCGUGCCAUUAUCCGCAUGACGGAUGUCUCCUUCACCUACCCCAAUGCCCCUAAGCCUUCGCUCAGCGGUGUCACCUGCCAGCUCACUCUCUCCUCCCGCGUGGCCAUUAUCGGCCCCAACGGUGCUGGCAAGUCUACCCUGAUCAAGUUGCUUACUGGCGAGGUCAUCCCCACCCAGGGCAAGGUCGAGAAGCACCCCAACCUUCGUAUCGGUUACAUCAAGCAGCACGCUCUUGAGCACGUUGAGAUGCAUCUCGAGAAGACCCCCAACCAGUACCUCCAGUGGCGUUACCAGCACGGUGAUGAUCGUGAGGUCCACAUGAAGCAGACCCGCCAGUUGACGGAUGCCGAUAAGGAGCAGAUGGACAAGUUUGUCGAUAUCGGUGACGGCAAGGGCAAGAGGCAGGUUGAGGCCCUGGUCGGUCGUCAAAAGUACAAGAAGACCUUCCAGUAUGAAGUCAAAUGGCGCAACUUCCUCCCCAAGCACAACACCAUGAUCUCCCGCGAGACACUUCUCGAGCUCGGAUUCCAGAAGUUGAUCCAGGAGUUCGAUGAUCACGAGUCCUCGCGCGAGGGUCUCGGUUACCGUGAGCUUCAACCCGCUAUCAUCUCCAAGCAUUUCGAGGACCUCGGUCUCGACCCUGAGAUCGCCAACCACAACGAGAUCGGCUCGCUCUCCGGUGGCCAGAAGGUCAAGGUUGUCAUUGCCGGUGCCAUGUGGAACAACCCCCACAUGUUGGUUCUUGACGAGCCUACUAACUUCUUGGAUCGUGACUCCCUCGGUGGUCUCGCUGUCGCCAUCCGAGACUUCAAGGGUGGUGUCGUCAUGAUUUCCCAUAACGAAGAGUUCGUCGGCGCUCUUGCCUCUGAGACCUGGAACGUCGUCGACGGCCGCGUCACCCACAAGGGUCAGAACUCUGCCGCUCUCGAUCGCUUCGAGGACAGCAGCAAGCCUGCCUCCGCAGUCACCAGCGGCCUCAACACACCCAUGGGUGCGAGCGAGCCUAGCACUGCCGUUAACUCUGGUGCCGAGGACAACGGCUCCCUGGGCAUUACUGGCGACAGCAUGGCUUUCAAGGCCAAGAAGAAGAAGAAGAUGACCAAGAAGGAGAUGAAGGAGCGUGAGGCUCGUAGGAGGUUGAGGCACAUUGAGUGGCUCAACAGCCCUAAGGGAACGCCGCAUCCCAAGGAUACGGAUGAUGAGGAUGAGGAUUAA